AGCCUCGAGUUACUGGCGGCGAGAUAGUUUUAGCGGAAAAUGCUAGAAUGCAAAUAAGAAUUUACGAAUUACAACAACAGAUUCGUGCUUUAAAUGCUGACAGAGAUGAAUUGGUUCAAGAAAAUACACGUUUAAGAAAUAGAAAUCAAGAAUUUGAAACAGAUAAUAAUCAGAUUCGUGUAAGAAACGAGAAUCUGACGCGAUUAAAUGACGCGUUGAAGAUUGUUUUAAGAGACGCUGAAGACGAAAAAGAUCAUUACAAAGCUGCAAAUAUCAAAGAAUUUGAAGAUUUUAUUUCAAAUUAUAUUUUUGGCUUAUUUAAUAAUAUUGGAACAUUGUUGCGAUUUGAUAAUCAAUACAUAACAAAUAUUCUUGAUAGAGAUUACGAUUUACAAAAAUAUAAAGAAUUAAUAACUGAAAAUGUUGACAAAAAAAUUAUUCGAUACAUUGUUUUUCAAUACGAAUAUACUAAAACAAGUAAAAAACACGUACAAGGAUUCUGUAUGCUAUGGACACAAAUGAGAUUGGGAAAUUAUAAAUACAGGAAAAAAGCUUCAACUAUUAAAAGUAUUUUUCAAGACGAAGAAAUGCACGUUGAUUUUCAUAAUGGAACGUUUGAAGACGUGAUUAGAUAUUGUAAGAAAGAUAAAAAUCGUUGUUCAAAACAUCAUCCUUAUUGCAGAGAAGGAUUCAAUCAACAUUUAGAAAAACAAAAAAAAAUACGUAAACAAACCAUUGAAGAUAUCAAAGAACAAAUCAAACCGAUAAAUGAGAUUGUCAUUGAUGCCUUUGUUAAUUCGGGAACAGCACCGCAUAUUAUCAAAGAACUUUAUAACACGAUUUGUGAUAAUUACUUGACACAAAUACUUUUCCCUGAUGCGUAUCAUAAGUCGCAAAAUGACGGCAUCUGGUUCCAAGGUUAUGACGAAAAUAAAGUCUUUGUGUUUGAUGAUUUUUAUAAUCAUAAUAUGGAAUUUUCGACUUUAUUGACUUUAAUCGAUAAUAAACCUCACACAGUUCAAAAAAAAGGGGGUCAUUUAAAUUUCUGUUCAUUUGUGAAUGUAUUUAUAUCGAAUAUUUCAUUGCGAAAUCAAUAUGUCUAUUUCGAAAAUACUCAAUAUUUUGGGAAUGAGACUGUUAAAAUAGAAAACAAAAGAAAAUAUUCUUCAAUUUAUAAUCGAUUUGAUUAUAUUAUUGAAUACAAAAAGUUUAGAAACAAUGAUAAAAGACCAUGCGAUUUUGAGUGUCUAUGUUGCUCAGUAAAAAGAAUUUUUCAUAAGGGCUUGUAUGAAAAUUUUAUUAACCUUCGAUUUGAUAUUGAAUUUAACUCUGAU